UUUCUGCGGAAUGGUGAUGAAGGCGAUCGGCGUCGCGCGAUUGACAAGGUUGAUUAUAAAGUGAAUGAAUUAAACUGAAAAUAAGCAAACGUCGGGGCUUCCAUCAGUGAUUGGAAAGUUCUCCCUCUGGUCAGGUUGUUACGUUUCUCAACGAUUUGCAGAUGGUUUGAAUGUUCACUCAGCAUUGAUUGAAAAAGAGUCCCCUCAAGUGUUUUUUGGGCUUUUGCGCAAGAAGUGAUACAUGAGGAAAACUAACGGUUAAAAUCGUACGAAAGUGUAAAAAGUGAAUUAAGGGGCGUAGCGUUCCAACGCAGGAUACUAUUAAGUGCAUUAAAUGUCGGAUUUUUUGUUUUCUGCAAAAUAAUUUGCUAGAAGAAGGAGUGUCUCGCCUGGAGAAAAAAUCCUAGUUGGCAAAGCCAGAACACACACAUUCGAAGAUUUGCAGCUGCCAUCGAAAUCGCACCUCUCCGGCCGCAAUAGUCGUCGGUGUACUUGGUCGGGUCGCUAAAGGAAAAGGUGAAGGGCCUUCUACGAUACGAAAUUUGAUUCGCUCUCGAUGGUGGCUUUGCAGAUUAUUUUUCUCUUCGGAGGUUGUGUGCGUACACCGCGUAUACGUGCUUAUAGCGAACAUUCAUAAAACCGUACUCUUGCAUCCGAAUGUAAACAACAACAAUCCUAGGCGAAGCAGUAUGCGUGUAUGCUGAAAGUUUACGAGGUUUACUGGUGUUUUGGUUGGCAGACCCUAACGCAACAAAAAAAAAGAACCGAGUGCAGUGCAGUUUUACUUCUUGCUAGCCCUGUGGUGAGUUUUGUGAACUCACGAGAAAAUUGAAAGUGAAUCAAUCGCCGUAUCGUUGGCGGCCAGUGGCAUAGUAGCAUUGCAUACACUAAAUUAGCCAGAAGCCGAAACGCGAUAGGCAAUAGUAGUUCGUCUGCCACAUCCGAGAGUCAAAUUUCAUUGAAUAGUUCGGAAGUGGUAGUGAUAUAACCAACCGUGCUCAAGUUUUGUGAAGCUGUGCGCACACAAAUAAGAUAAAGAAUUGUGCAAAAGAAGUCCAAUUGUAAAAUAAUUGAAUUUGUGAGAUAGAAAAAAAAAAGUCAUCAACCCUACGGAUAGCUAUUUCGGUGUGUCGAAUUUUAAUUCAAGGGAAAAUUGGAUAUUUUGAUAUCACUGCUGCUGGAGGAACGAUCAUCAGAAAUUAACGAAGCUUCGCCAGACAGCUCUUCCGAAGCAAACCGGCACCAGCAAGUGUGAGGAGUGAAUUUUUAUACCAGGACUGACAGCCCCAGUGCGUGUUUCGUUACAGCAGUGUGCAAAAAAAAUAUUAAGCCGAAACGAAAAUGUAAAUAGUAGGCGGCUUUGUUUUGCAAAGUGAAGAGCAGUUCCAGUUGUGUCGAAAGAAGUAAACAAAAGGAAGCCCCAGUGUGAAACCGUGCGCAUGUGAAUUGUGAACGCAGCAAGUGUGUUGUGUUUUUUUUUCUCUUCUGGGUUUUCCCAACCAGAUGGUGCAGCUGUUGCUGCCUGGCUACCACCGGUGCAGUAGUGGGCUAUUGUCAGUGUGACGAACGACACCAGGAAAUAUUAUGGCGGUAAUCACGAUGACGUCCCCGUAGAGGCGGUGUGUUGUUGUGUAUUGAAGAGCUUGAUAGGAACGAGAAAAAAGGAAGAAAAAGGCACUCCGGUGAGCAAGUGGAGCUAACAUCAGCUAACUCCAUUUCGCGGCUAUUGUCCAUCAGUUUCUUCAUUUUGUGAGGUUUCCAUAGUCGGUGAAACUGCAUCGCAGAAUGGACAAAUCAGCGUCGAGUGCUCCGUCCGGGCCUAAAGUGUCCCAAAUAGCGAACCUGUUCCAGCGAAAACCGGUGGAAAUAGUGACGGAACCGGGAAAGGAACUGUCGGGCAGUCAACCUUCCCCCACGGCAACGGUGGUACGAACGGAGUCUCACGCAGCCCGGUUCAACAACGCACGGGCACUGUUCGAGAAGUUGGGCGAAGGACGCGUUAACAGACCUCCACCAUUCAGUAUUAAAAUGUCACAUUCCAGCAGUAAGGAGGAUAAUUUAUCGGAAGUCGGUUCCGAGCAGGAUCGAUCGCCUUCGCCAAAGCGGAAGCAUCACCCGAUAACUAACGGGAUUGGAAAGCUGGAUUCUAAUAGGAUAUUGAAUCAAUCUAGAUUAAAAUCGGAAAAGCCGGAGAAACCCGAGAAACCCGAAAGGAAGUUCAACUCAAGGGAGCUGAUCGAAAAACAGAAAAAUUGGACAUCCCACUUUUCCAAAACACGAACAACGAAAGGCGGCAGUGACUUUAAUCGAUGUGAUAUUAUUCGAACUGUCCCCGGAACGGGGAUUAUCGCUAACGCUGGAACACCAACCAAUUGUGGUAGCGUAGCGGCGGCUGCUCCAAUCACCACAAACGGCAACGGUGCUAUACAGGUACCCAGAGAUAUUCAGUACGCACCGGUUCCCGCACCACAUCGGCUGCAGUCCCCAAGUGAACCUCCUCCUAGUCCCCCGAAAAGACAUACUCCUCCUCCACCUCCCCCGGAGAAGGGUCCCCGAAACAUUCGCCAGAGCUCAUUCCCUUCGCCAACUAAGCUUCCUCCAGCAGUUCCUCCUCAUGCGACCGAUCCAAGCUCGCUGAGCCCCACAAAAAUUAGCCCGGAAAAGCUAAGAUCUCCCCCGCGCCAAGCAGAACCUCCUCCAGCAGUGACAGCAGUGACGGUAUCCGCCCUACCUCCAGUGGCACCGAUCCGCAGCAAAUCAGACGAACCGCCGGAAAAGGGUGUCCGGAAGAAGUCCCUCGAAACCACCCUGGAUGAAGAACCGGGUAAAGCGUUCAAAUAUCCCGAACUGGGUGGCCUGAGGAGGCAAUCCACCGAAAAGGAUAGCGGAACCAGUGGGCUAACCUCGCCGGCGCAUGCCAUCAGCUCUUCACCAAGUCCCGGAGCCAGUGCCUCGUCGGGACCGUCGUCGCCGAUUCACACCGAGGACGAGAAGCAGGAGAAUGAACCCACGGAAAAGGCAACCGACUGUGGUGGCAAACUGGACGAAGACGAAGGUGUUGCGGCGGAGGAAAAAAGCAGAAAAUCCUCCCGUUCCGAAGACAACGACGACCAGCAUGUCACCCGGCGGAAAAAAGUGUCCAGCAUUUGCUUCCAGGUUCCGGCGGCCGGUCUCGGUGCCCGUCCGCCCAGUAUCAUCAGCAGCAGCACCACCACGGACGAGGGUGGAUUCAACGAGCCGUCGCCGGAGAUCAAGGCCAAACUGAAGCCGGCCUAUGACUUUGAUAUCAUUGCACCGGCUCUGCCGGCUUCGCCACCCCGGCGAUCGGUUGCCGCUACCAAUGGGGGUGGCAGUGCCACAGCGCAGCUGAAAGACGAUCUGGCGGAACCGCUGAUGGUAGAUGAGGAAGGACAGCUCAACUAUGUCGAUCUCGGUUAUCGAUUACGUCCGGAUGGAACGGAGUGUGACGAGAUCUAUGGCGAGAUGGAUGACUAUCGAAGUGCCAAUAGCAGCAGUAUUAUCUCAAAUAAUCAACCAGCGUUAGACUUAUGCCACGGUACAAGCGUAGAAAGUAGGAAUGCUAUUAACAAUAUUCGAUCUCAUUACAAUACUAAUAACAACAACAACAAUAAUAAUAAUAAUCGAGACCCGGUCAGCAGUAGCAACGAUGUGCCAACAGCGGACGUAGAUCAGGUGUUGUACGCAUCGAUCGUGCCGACCGCGUCGGUAGAUUCCUCCUCGACAAUCACCAGCAGCGAGCUGGCCUUUAUGGACCUAGAAAAGGACGAGGCUAAGAUAUUAGACUACGAUGAGCUCAGCGAGGGAGAGAAAGGCUAUCACAGCCCGCAGACGAUUCUGGAUCCGACGAGGGCAACUUUGUCGGAGUACGAGGAUGAUUAUAGUAACAAGACGCUGCCGGAUCCGCCCUCGCUGGCAUCGAUGCGACCACCCCCGAUUCCGGAGGGUCCUCCGCUGGACCUGCAGGAUGUGCAGUAUGCGGAUGCAAGUGACAACGAACCCGACAGUCUGGUUCUGCCCGACGAGAUGACAGCGGACGAGGCGGAACGGUUGCUGAGUUCAAGUAUUUUGGAGUACAAAAUAAGACAACAACCGCUUCUGUCAGACGAACAGGCCCGCGAAGUGGAACAAAUAUUGCUCAACAACAAAACCAAAGUCGAAACCGACUCACAACAGCAGCGAACACCACCACCUCCCCUUCCACUAGAACCAGUGGAGCAAUCACCCGAGCCAUCCCCUCCCGCAGCAGUUGUCAAGCAGGUUUCGACCUCGGACGAGCCCGACUGGCUGCGUGAUGUUCUGGAGGCACCGAAAACUGCGACUUCAAGGGAAAAACCACCUCCGCCACCACCACCUCAUGCCCCCGCCGCAAUCCAAGUCAACGGGAACGCCGGAACCGCACUGGAACCACCGGCACCACCAAGUCGUAACAAUUCCACUAGUCAGUUUGAGGAAACGAGCCUCGGAAAUAACACGACCGAUCUGCUCAAUCAAACCAUCCUCGAUAAUUCGUCGACCCUCCAGGAUUCCUACGUGUCGGCCGAGUCCUCCAUGCCAAGUGUUACCACGUCGGACAGUUUUAAUUUGAGCAGACAAGAGGAACAGCAGGCGAACGAUGCCGAAGCGGACGUGUCCGGGGAUGAAAGUAACAAUUCGGGCUUUUUCAUACCGGAGUAUCCACCAGUAAAAAGCAAGGAGGUAUUUGUCAACCAGGAUGGGGUUCACUUCUACGAGGACGGUAACUUCUGGAUGGAAGUUCCCGGUCUGCUGGAUUCGGAUCGGGACGAGGAAGAGGAGGACUGUCGGGUCAUCAAGAAAAGUACCAAGGUUAAGUUCAGCACAAAACCGAUGCAGGUGUUCUCGACCUUUUCGGUUAACGAUUACGACCGACGAAACGAGGACGUCGACCCGGUGGCGGCGUCGGCCGAGUACGAACUCGAGAAGCGGGUGGAGAAGAUGGACGUUUUUCCGGUGGAACUGAUGAAGGGUCCCGAGGGACUGGGGCUGAGUAUUAUCGGAAUGGGUGUGGGCGCUGAUGCCGGUCUGGAAAAACUCGGAAUCUUCGUCAAAACCAUCACUGACAACGGAGCCGCUGCGCGAGAUGGAAGAAUACAGGUGAACGAUCAAAUCAUCGAAGUCGAUGGCAAAAGUCUAGUCGGUGUUACGCAGGCAUAUGCCGCCUCGGUACUGCGUAACACAUCCGGUCUGGUGCGAUUCCAGAUAGGGCGCGAGCGUGAUCCGGAAAACUCCGAGGUUGCUCAGCUCAUUCGCCAAAGCUUGCAAGCCGAUCGGGAAAAAGAGGAACGUGUCAAGCGGCAGCUGGAGGAUUAUCUCCGCCGGAAUACGGAAAUUUCCGAAGAUUCAACUUUACCCGUUUCCGCCAACUCGAGCGUAUCGGAGGGCCCGGUCAGCCCGACGGCUGCCCAGGCCGAGUCGCUGUUCGAGACGGAAGCCGCCCGCUCGAGUGAUGUGGAGUCACUGCGACGAAUUCUGCAAGAGAAUCUUAAAACCAUUGCACUGCAUGAGGGCGAUAUCCUAAGUCUCAAACAACAGCUCAUUAAGUACCAGCAGAGCUGCAACGAGGCGGAACUGUUGGCCGAACGAAUGAAGCAAACCGAACGAGAGCUGGCCAACAUUAAAAAGGAAGCGAACAACUAUCAAAACAUGCUACAGCAGAGUCAGGCGCAGUACGCCACGCUGGAGAAGAAGUACGGUCGGGUUAAGAAGAUACUGCGUGAUUAUCAGCACCGCGAGCGGGAUAUGAUCCAGUUCCAGGAGUACUACCUCCAGCAUCUGCAGGAAAAGGACACCGAAUAUAACGCGCUGGUUAAGAAACUCAAAGACCGAGUGAUCCACCUGGAACAAGAACUCCAAGAGACGCAACGUAAAGCCGGCUUCCCAGUGAUACUGCCGUAUGAUAGUGCCAGUUUGAAGCUGACCCCGCAAAUGACUCGAAAGCAACCUCCCAAACCGGUCUUUCAGAAGCUAGAGACUGAUCUAUCCGAUACGGAAUUUUCCGAUUUGUCACCCGAUGGCGAAGGUGAAGAUGGUAAGACGGCUACUGUCGAACGGAAACUGCCGAUCCAAAAGGACGACGAGCUGGAUACGGCCAUUCCACAGCAUGAACUAUUGGAUAACUCGGUGAACAAAGGGAAGAGUGACUUAGUAGCGCGUGGUGGCAAAUCCAAGCGUCUUCCAGGUAAGAAAAGUCACAGCAACAGCGGUUCGGACUGUGCACUGGAUGAAAGCGAAGAGGAAAUUACCGAUUCUACUUCAGUAUCCCACGAGUACAGUGGACUAUACAGCACGCCUCAGAUCAUUAAUCGUGGGAUAAAUUCCAUUAAAAAUGGCCAGGAAAACUCAGGUCUUCCGGUGUACGCUCAGGUGAACAAAGAACGUGCCGAUCAUCAUCACAAUAUAAUAGCACCGACUCAACAUUCGACUAUUCCGAACAUUUACCGGAAUACGUCGGCAGAUAAUAAUAAACUAAACUCCAGCUACGGGUCCGAUCUAAAUGCAUCCUCGUACGACAGUGAUCUGGGUUCCUCGACCGACAAGCUCAAGGACAGUGGAGUCUCGAGCGAAAGUUGGAUGUAUCCCUCCCGCAGGCCUAAAGGAUUGAAGGGAAUAACGCCACCGGUACUGGCGGAACAGCUCAAAGAACGGCUGGCCGAACGACGCACGCUGGACGAUGGUUCCUCGCGGGACUCCAGUGAUGACUACUCGGAGAUCAACCAGCGGCACAUUAGUCCAGCUGCUUCGCUGUCGCAGCACUUGCUGGUCGAGAUUAAGAAAGCGGUAAACGAGGCUCAACCGAAGGUGAAAAACAUUCUUCCACAAAAUCUGUCUCCUCCAGGAAGUAGCAGUCCGUGGCAACAGCAGCAGCAUCAGACACCGUCAAGCCAGCAGGGUGUAGGCGGAAACGGUUCACAGGGACCCCCCUCGCCGUCCAGCGUCAGCAGCGGUUCGACGUCACCCGGUGCGUAUUCGCCCAGUCGCACAUUGGAUCUGUCCGGAUCGACGUCGAGCUUCUCGAGUGAACGUCUCAGGGAUUCGCACCAGUGGAAGAGCGGCCCCGUCGAGGAAUGGUCCAACGAGCAGGUCUGCCAGUGGCUGCUGGGUAUCGGUCUAGAGCACCACAUUCCGGCCUUCGUGAAGCACUCGGUCGAGGGUGGUGCACUGUUGCAGCUGGAGAAGCCUGACUUUAAAAUUCUGGCCGUGGGUGGCGAAGACAAGAAACACCUCAAGCGCAACAUCAAGGAACUGCGACGGCUCAAUGAGAAGGAGCGGAAGCAAAACGAGAAAGAUCGACGGGAGCGGGAGAAGCUGAUUAAGAAAGCCGAGAAGAAGGCUGAGAAGGAUCAGAAGAAGAAGAAGUAACGAGUUUAGCCAAAUAUGAUCGUUUUGUGUGCAUUUAUCUCAGUAACGAUACAUAACAAAUCUGCAAAAAACAGAAUAAAAAUUAAUGAAAACUAAAUUACAAAGUAAGGGGCGGGUGAAGAGCAGCAAACGAAUUUAGUGGUUCCUCUUUAAGUUUUUACGCUAAAGUAAAAGCAAGCAGGAAACUAAAUUUUAGUGCAUAGUAAAACCGUGUAGUCGUUUGAGUCUUUUGUUUGAUAUUUUUACCAUUUAAAUUAUUCUACAACAAAUUUGUUUGUUGGUUAGUAUUGUUUAUAUAGCAAUUAAUAGAGAAGUUUAUUUAAAUCAACAAAAUCCAUAUUUUAAGCAAUAUACCGAAAAUCAAACACAAUAAUUAGUUGGUAGAAACUGUCAGUAGGCAAACGGACCGAGUUUUUUUUUGCUGUGUAAACUACGUAAAAAUAAGGUGCGUGAUUUUUCUUAUUUUUUUAGUUGUGCGUUGCUAAAAACGACUUUCUGUUCAGUUUGUCUGUGAGUUUAGAUUAUUUAUUGACAUAAACACAGAGCCACACAAUUGCAUUCGACUAGAAGCAACAUAAACAGCCAUUCGUCAUUCUUUUUUAAACAGUUUACUAGUGGUAGGUUAGAGAUGGCUCUAAGCUCAUUCUUUAGAACACGCUGGACUGCCCCGCACUCAUCGUCUGUGGUGAGAUCUACGCAAAAGUUCUUCAGCAAGGGUAAACGUCAGAGCAUACUAUACACUGAAUUUGUAGAAAGCUAGAAUUUGUACUAAAUAAACAAACCUGUUAGAAGUGUAGUUGAUAUAAAACACAAAAAUCACAAGUAGUUAUGUUUUAGAACUCAAGACACAAUCAAUUGACGUGAGACACAAACCUCAGCUCAUUUCUUCUGUAAAGUUUUCCUUCUACGUUUCGGGAUAUCUAAAUCGAGGCGGUAAACUACACUCAGUGUCAAAUGAAAUUCCAUUACAAAACGAGAGAAACUCACAACGGAACGAGGGAAAACGAAGAGACUUACGCGAGGGGGAUAAGCUAUGAAUGUUGACAGCAAUGGGAGGGGAAUUAAGGACUGCGGGAAAUUCAUCCUCGUGAGUACUGUUUCUAUGCGAUUAUGUAUUUAUGUACUAUUUAGUUGAUACAGUAGCGAAAAAAAAUGAAAAGAAAAACAACACAAAUAUCUGAGCGAGAUUAACCAAGUUAAGUUGCAUAUAUGCAGCUUUGAGUAAAUUGUACAUGUAUUUAUUAUUUAUUAGUCACCAGAUGAAAGCUAGGUUUAGGAAGAAAAAACGGAAAUUUUAAAUUGAAACCAAAAUUUUCAAAGAAACUGACAAAAAGCAAGUGAAUAAAAAGGAAAUUUGAAUUUUCACAUUUUGGUUCUUUUUUGGGUUUUAUUUGUUUUCCUAUUAUGUAUUUAGUUAAUUAUAUUGCAAUAUUUGUACUUUUAACAAACCUUUUUGGCUUAUUUUGCAUAUUUUCCCGGUUAGGUUCAACUAGGUUAAUAAGUUCGAUUACCUUAUGAUUUAACUUCAAAAUCUCAGAGGGUUGCAGAACCCCUUUACUGUGAAUUGAAUAUCUAUAUUUAACAGGUGCACUGCAAUCACAGGGUAAAUGUUGUGGUGUCUCUUUGUCAAAUUGUCAGAAAUGCCAACUCGGAUUUUGAUUAUGGAUUAACCACUCUGAGGGCACAAGACCUAACAUAUAAAAAGUUGGAUUUGAAAGUUUUGUGUUCCAGUCGUCAUUAAAAAAAUGUUGCAUACUCGCAGGCGUUUGGCUCUCAUGCCAAAAGACAGUUCGUUUCCCUAUACUCGUUUGCGACCCAGAGCUUCUGUGCUUGGUUAACCAAGACAUCACCUAAUACCCGGCAGUUGUUUUAUGUGUUCGUACGUGUUGUGUGAACUGUUUGGAUUUAGCAUCUAACUGACGCCAAUUGUGGUGUUAGUUUGGAUGUACACUCUUAUUAUUAUUUACGACGAGCGCGAACUUCGUUCGAAAGUGAUUUACAACAGCAAAAUCAAAUGGGCUAUCUAUGCACAUUCGUCGUAAACAAGAAUAAGGGUGAUAAAGUUCAACUGCCAGCAAGUUUGUGGCAGUUACAGACGAGUAGAACACGAAACAUUCAAAUCCAAUUUUUAUCUCAAAAUUUUAUUCUGGAUUUUUCAUUUUUCAUAUUUAUAGGCAGGUAGAUUAGAGUGUCCUCAAAAUAUUAAACCUCGCGGAUGAAAGUUUUAUUUCUUGCAGGCGAAAUAUAUGAUGAGCAUUGAACAAAAACAAUGUUCAAACCAUCGUUAUUUUAAUGAUUAGUUCUUUUUAACUUAUAUUCUGAUUUUGGCCCAUCAGUUUUGCAUUUGAUAUUUGAUUCUCAUUGGUCUUGUACUUUCCGUUCGGUUUGGCCAAUACAAGCCUCUCUUCUCUCUCUCUCUCUCUCUCUCUCUCUCUCUCUCUCAGACAUGCUGCCAUCAGUUCAAGACAUUACCAGUGGAUGCUGGUAGACUUACAAUAGACAGAAUUUGUUUAUCGGGUAACUUUAAUAUUAGUGCUGGUUACGAAGGGCCAAAAUAAGAUAGGGCGGACCCGUAAACAGAAACAUUUACGCGUUUUCGGCGGGGAAGCACAGAAUCUCUGUUUCUUUUGGUUAACCACCUCGGUUCUAGUAACGACUGUUGCACGGUUGACGUCUGAAAGCGGAAAGAAAGAAUAUCCAGUUCUCUAAACUAGAGAAGCUCGCAGUAGAAAAGAACUCCAAGAAAGGCCUACUAGAUUAGCUAUAAUGUAUUUCAACGGUUAGACUAUCCGGACCAGGGUGAUCCAUGAACACGGAGGAAGGUUAUCGUCUUUGAUUAAACAUAGCUGCCCAACAAGUAUAUUAGGGUGGAUUGAAGAUAAUUUUUUGUUUCUCUGCUGUAGGUGAUUUAAAUAUUCGUGUUUCCAUCUUUUCCAAAACAGUUGUACAUUUUUUUGUACUUGUUCCAAACGUGUCAGCUUACUAUGCAGAAAUCACGUAUUGCUGGUUCCACUUCGUUUUCAAAUAAGACGGUUAAGGCCUUGAUCUCGUUUCGGGAACCAACAAAGUUUGUGGCAUUGUCACAAUAAAUUACAUUACAACGCCCGCGCUGACUAGUGAAUCUUCUUAGUGCAGCUAUGAAUGAGGCACUAGAAAGGCUACUAACGAGUUCCAAAUGUACGGCUUUAGUCCGUAAACAGAUACACAGGGCCAUGCACGCUUUCAGAGUUUUUUUUUUGUUCGAACGAAGUUUUUCUUGAUGGUGAAAGGGUCACCAAAAUCUACCCCACAUGUUUGAAAUGGUCUUCCAGAAGUUAUUCGCAUGUCCGGCAUUUGUCCCAUAAUUUGUUUCGCUGUGUUUGGCUUGUUCCGGAAGCAAGUCAUGCAUUUGUGCACAAUCUUGCGAACCAAACCUCUACCAUGGAUCGGUCAAUACUUUAAUCUUAGUGCGUACAAAAGACCUUGUGAGCCAACGUGAAGAUACUGGUGAUGAUGUAGCACAGCAAUCAACCACGUCGCGUUACAAUUUCUAGGCAAUAUGAUUGGGUUUUAUUGAUUGAAUCCUACUCCUGAUGACUGUAGCCUUCCUCCAACCCGAAGUAAUCCAUCGGUAUCCAAAAACGGGUUCAUACUUAUUAGACUGCUAUUUUUGUUAACAGCUCUCCCGGACGUUAGUUUAUUUAGCUCCUUUGCUGCAGCUGAAACAUCUUUAUAAUUUGGUUGUGUGCCUGUUUUAAGUCAUUUAAGGUGAGAUGUUCGACGGUUCGAUCAGUUUUUUUUACUCAUACAGUUCCGUUUGAAUCGUAGACAGUAAGCAAUGAUUCUCUGUAGCUUUGUGUAACUGGAAUAUCGAUCUAUCAAUGUAUAAUCUCGUUCAUCUUGUAUAUCUUGUGGUUGUUAGUCAAUCGUCGCAAUUAACGUUCUCAUUGCUUUCUGUACCCACGGUCGGUCCUGCUCCUGCAGAAAUUCCGGACCUUUCCACCAAAUUGCAGCUUCCGCUAAUUUCUUUGCGGAAGCACCCCUAGAAAUUAAAUCGGCAGGAUUUUCUUUAGAGCGAACAUGAUUCCAGUCGUGACACGAUGACAUUUCGUUGAUUUUGGCUACUCGAUUCCUAAUAAAGGUAGGCCAAUUUUUGGUAGGUUUAGAGAUCCAAUCUAAAGUUACCAUUGAAUCUGUCCAAUAAUAAGCGCCUUCGAUGUUAACGUUGUUUCCUUCACCCUUGUCAUUAAUUCCACCAAUAAUGUGGCAGCCCGGAGCUCCAUUCUAGGAAUUGUCAUAUCUUCUUUUUUGUUUUGGUCGACGCUAGGAGCUAUACAAGAUUUUGCGCAGAGUAGAUUGACAUGUACUUCAUUCUCGACAACUGUCCUAACAUAUAUCACAGCACCAUAUGCUCGUUUCGACGCGUUUGAAAAUCCACGAAGCUCUAUUGUACCUCCAGUGGUGGUAAUGUACCUUGCGAAACUAAUGGUGUCGAGCUAAGCUAUUUGUUCGCAGAAACAUUUCCAUUCUUCUGUUACCUGAUCUGCCAACCCACAUGUUAGCCGUAUUGUGUAAUGAACACCAUCGUCGGCCAUUUUUUUGGGUCGGCCCAAGCGUCGAAGUUAUCUUAGCCAACCCGCGUGUCAGCUACAUUAUUGAAUCGACCCAUGCAUCGAUACGGCUUUGCCAACCCACACAUUCCAUCGUCGAAAAUUUUUCUACUAACCCGUUUUAGCCAACAUCAGAAGCUCUUCAGCCAACUCACAUGUUAGUUUUUUACUGUAUUAAUUCCAAUUAGCGAUUUCUGUUGCUAACUCAUGUAAUAGCUCACUGUUAACAUAGCUGAAUACUUGAAAUGCAAAUAAAUUAUCCAACUAAAAUUACCUAAGGCCAAGCCCCAAUCCGGUUCGAAGUAGUUUCUUUUGGUUAACCACCUCGGUUCUAGUAACGACUGUUGCUCGGUUGACGUCUGAAAGCGGAAAAAAGAAUAUCCAGUUCUCUAAACUAGAGAA